CAUUAACGGCUCAGUCCAUCACAUUCGUCGUCCAGCGGAAGUGAGCUUCUCAGAACGCGCCAAUCCGGGGUUUCGGCGGAUCGAGGAGAAAAUUAUCGCAUCGAAAAGGCAACGCGCGCGCAGCAUCCACAGCAUCUACGACACGAUGCCCGCUAGCAGCAAAGACUUCCUCAAGGAUCUAAACCAGCCGAAAGUGUACGAGCUGAAGAAGGCCUUCUGCCUGUUCGAUCUCGAUGGUGACGGUGUUAUCAGCGAGGAGGAUCUGAAGAAUACUUUCCUAACGCUCGGCGUGGAGAAGUCCGAUGCGGAGAUAAUCAAAAUGUUUGACGGCGUGGUGCAGCCAAUGAAUCUGGACGUGUUCCUGCUGUUGAUCCUUCAGCGGGCGAACGGACUGGCCCCGAUGGAUGUUAUGCUGGACGCCUUACGCACGUGGGAUAAAACCAACACCGGGUUCAUCGAUAAGAAAAAGUUUAUGUUCGAUAUCAUGUCCUAUGGUGAUCGUUUCACGCCGGACGAGGCGGAAGAAGCCCUGGAGGAUGCGGUCGUUACUCGAGGUCCGCAGGUUAACCGCGACGGCGAGCUGGAGGAAAAGUUUGAUUAUUUAGAUUUUGCGGAAAGUAUCUCCGGCUUCCAGAAGACGGAUCACAAAUGAACACGACAAGCCUAGCUUAUCUCAUCGUAGAGCACCAACAUUCGAUGCACCAAACUGUCAAAGAUACGGAUUUCUCACACUUUCUAUCAGACAACGUCGCCAUCAACCUCAACUUUAGUAUUUUAUUUUAGUAAACGAAGAGUAGGGAGAGUGAUCGAAUAAACGGAAAAAAAACAAUCCGAUGCUACCGAAAUUCUUUGACACGUUUGCUCCCCACGAGACAGCCUUCCCUAUUGUUUGAGUUUCGCACGAAACAGCCCCGCCAGUGUUUCCGCUCCCACUUGGUUAAUAUCCUGCAAAAUCAAAUCAUUUAUCCGCUCGAUCUCAUUCGGUGCCACUUCCAUCUUCCAUCGCUCAAGUGCAAAUCGAACUUAAAAUGCCGAUUUUAAAAACUUGUAUUUUUAAUUCGAACGAAAGUUUGUGUUCCGUUUGGGUUGGAGGAAAUAUGAGUUUUCCCCAGCAUUUGGGAUUUUUUUUUUACUUUUUUGUGUUUACUUUUGUUUGAAAAGGGCAUAUCGAUUUUAGUAAGAAAUAUCUUUGAUAAUUGAUAUCCCAAAAACUAUGAGUCGUAUCGAAAUAGUGUCUUAGAAAGAGUUAUAGAGUAUUGAUGUUAAAAUGUGAAAAAG